ACCCGCACCGCCAGCUGUGGUCGGAGCACCACCAGUCGCAGUGGCGCCACCAGUUGUCGCGGCACCGCCUGCGGCCGCAGCGCCACCAGUUGCGGGAGGAGCACCACCAGUGCCCGGAGCACCACCGGUCCCAGCCGGUCCGGCACCGGUUGUCGCCCCCGGCAUGAACAUGAACAUGCAGGGAAUCGACCCGGCGUGGCAGGCAUACUACGCCCAGCAGUACUAUUUUCAAACCAUGAUGCAGAGCAACUACCUCGCACAGCAGAGCGCCAACAUGCAGAACAUGCAGCAUGGUUUUAACGGCUUCUUCAACCAGUUCGGUGCUGCUUUUCCCGCGGCAAACGAUCCCUUCCACCCACAACAGCCGGAUACCGAGCUGGAAGUUGCUGCGUACGCGGAUUCUGCAGACCACAUCCCGCGCAGUGAUCGAGUGGCGCUCGAGUCCUGCAAAGCCAUCACCGCGAUGGUGAGGGAUAAGUCGCUGCACUCCGCCGGGCAUGUUGGG